UUAUGAAGAGCCACAAAAGUUUCUCACAAAGUCCGCGUAAAAAAGCCGGCGCCAAGUAGAGGUUUUUGCAAAUCCAAAAUAUUUGUUUGUUAUUUUUGAGGAUAAGGCUUUUCUCUCUUGGUUCUUCCUCGCCCUCUCCUUUUCCUCCUUUGCUAUUUUUUUCACUCUGUAUCUAUUUUCUCUUCUCAACUUCCCCUACCCAUUUUGGAUUUCGGGAGUUUCAACCGUAAUGGUCAAUCUUCAAGCUUCUUUGUUUUGUAAUCCUUCACUUUCUUCUUUGCCGCCUCUGCUUUCUUCUUCAUCUUCAACCAAAAUCUUUCAUUUUUCUUUUUCCCUUCCUCCUCGUUCUAUUUCUUACAACCCCUUUUGGCUUUCUGGGUUUCGAUUUAAUCAUUGUUCUAAAUCUUCAAUCCAUUGUACAUUGCACCCUGACUAUGGGAAUUUCAAUCCAGAAUCGAUUUCUUCUCCCGGUGGCAACAUGGGUUCUGGUCCACAAGAUUUCAAUCUUGGUGGGUUUGGCGAUCAAGGUGCGGAUUUUGAUGGGAGUAGGGUGGAGGGUAGUGAUAGUUCGGAGAUAUUGAUGAACAUUGAGGCUGGGGUUAUGGCUACUGAUGAAAUUCCUGAGCCAGUCUUGGAUACUCCCGGAAAUGUGGAAUUUGAGAGUGGAAUUCAGUCUGAGAAAGAGGGUAAGUGGAGAAAGUUGCCGUUUGUGGUAUUCUUGAUGGGAUUCUGGGCAGCAACGAGAAGGAGAUUUCAGAAGGUGAUUGAAAUUCUAAUGGAUUGGUAUAGUUGGUGGCCCUUUUGGCGGCAGGAGAAGCGUUUGGAGCGUUUAACUGCCGAGGCUGAUGCAAAUCCGAAGGAUGCGGCGAAGCAGAGUGCUUUAUUAGCCGAGUUGAAUAAGCAGAGUCCCGAGUCUGUCAUUAGGCGUUUUGAGCAAAGGGAGCAUGCUGUAGACAGUAGAGGAGUAGUGGAGUAUCUUCGAGCACUUGUUGCCACCAAUGCUAUUGCUGAAUAUCUUCCUGAUUCUGAAAGUGGAAAGCCAUCAACUCUUCCUUCAUUGCUACAAGAGUUGAAGCAGCGUGCUUCAGGAAAUGUUGAUGAGUCCUUUGUGAACCCUGGCAUUUCUGAGAAACAGCCAUUGCAUGUAGUAAUGGUUGACCCUAAAGUACCCAACAAGUCUCGUUUCAUGCAAGAACUUAUCUCAACUAUACUUUUCACUGUUGCUGUUGGAUUAGUAUGGUUUAUGGGUGCUACUGCACUUCAAAAAUACAUAGGGAGUUUGGGGGGCAUAGGAACCUCAGGUGUUGGAUCAAGUUCUUCAUAUGCUCCAAAGGAGUUAAAUAAAGAAGUUAUUCCAGAAAAGAAUGUCAAGACAUUUAAAGAUGUUAAAGGUUGUGAUGAUGCAAAGCAAGAGCUGGAAGAAGUGGUGGAGUAUUUGAAAAAUCCUUCCAAGUUUACCCGGCUGGGUGGAAAGUUGCCAAAGGGAAUUCUUUUAACAGGAGCCCCAGGAACUGGAAAAACUUUACUUGCUAAGGCUAUUGCUGGUGAAGCUGGAGUACCGUUUUUCUAUAAAGCUGGAUCUGAGUUUGAAGAAAUGUUUGUCGGUGUUGGUGCUCGGCGUGUAAGGUCAUUAUUUCAAGCAGCCAAGAAAAAGGCUCCUUGCAUCAUAUUUAUCGACGAAAUAGAUGCAGUCGGGUCCACUAGAAAACAGUGGGAAGGCCACACAAAGAAAACAUUGCAUCAACUGCUUGUUGAAAUGGAUGGCUUUGAGCAGAAUGAGGGUAUCAUAUUGAUGGCUGCUACAAACUUGCCUGACAUUCUUGAUCCAGCCUUGACAAGGCCCGGUAGAUUUGACAGGCAUAUUGUUGUCCCAAAUCCCGAUGUACGGGGUCGCCAAGAGAUUCUAGAGCUCUACUUACAAGACAAACCAUUGGAUGAUGAUGUAGAUGUUAAAGCAAUCGCUCGAGGCACACCAGGAUUUAAUGGGGCAGAUCUUGCAAAUUUGGUUAACAUUGCAGCCAUUAAAGCUGCUGUUGAUGGUGCCGAGAAGUUAAACUCUUCGCAGUUGGAGUUCGCAAAAGAUAGAAUAGUUAUGGGUACAGAGAGGAAAACAAUGUUUUUAUCAGAAGAGUCAAAGAAGCUCACCGCAUAUCACGAGAGUGGUCACGCAAUUGUUGCAUUUAACACUGAGGGUGCGCACCCGAUUCAUAAGGCGACGAUCAUGCCUCGUGGAUCUGCUUUAGGAAUGGUCACACAACUUCCUUCAAGCGACGAGACAUCUAUUAGCAAGAAGCAAUUAUUAGCACGACUUGACGUUUGCAUGGGUGGAAGAGUUGCCGAGGAGAUCAUAUUCGGGGAAGACCAUAUCACUACAGGAGCAAGUAGUGAUCUCAACACAGCAACGGAGCUUGCCCAAUAUAUGGUAUCGAGUUGUGGUAUGAGUGAUGCAAUUGGACCAGUUCAUAUCAAAGAACGUCCGAGUUCAGAACUGCAGUCCCGAAUUGAUGCAGAAGUGGUUAAACUCCUAAGAGAUGCAUAUGAUCGCGUGAAAGCCCUCUUGAAAAAGCACGAGAAGGCUUUACAUGCACUGUCGAAUGCUCUUUUAGAAUAUGAAACACUCAGUGCAGAAGAAAUAAAGAGGAUUCUACUUCCUUAUAGAGAAGGACAGUUGCCAGACCAACAAGAUGAAGUAGAACAACAAGAAGGGGAUCUUGUGUUGGCUUGAAGUUCUAUGACACUCCAUUGCCAUCAAUGUAAAGUACCUGAAAACAACCGUGAAAGGAAAAGGUGAUAUUAUUUCAUAUUGAUUCUGAUACAUAAUGGUGGGUUAUAGACAGUAAAUGUAGGAAGCUAGAAUCUUCUUCAGGCAGAUUGUGUAUUAUUAUGCCACUUUCCACAAGUGGGGUGAAUUUUGGAACACAACAAUCAGUCCCUUUACACUAUUUUUGUUUUUUAAGGAAUUAUUCAUAAUUGUGCCCUUGGAAGAACGCAUUAUUUAUGUUCAAUGUUACUGUUAGUGUAUAAAAAACUAUUCUUAA